AUGUACCGCAUGGCCCCCCACAUCAAAGAUUCAUCCAGCCCCAAAUAUCAGCAAUUUGGACCCCGGCGGAUCAGGGAAGAAUCCGUGAUGCUUCGGACAACCAACCCUAGCACGGGGGCUCUCCCCUUCCAGUCCCUCUCGGUUGCAGAUCUAGGUGAUGUGAAUGUCAAUCUUUACAACCUUCAGGACAGCUGCCGUCUAAUUCGAGAGGCCUAUCAGAAAAUCGUAGCAGCUGGCUGUAUUCCUCUGACCUUGGGUAAUAACAUCUACGAGGGCAAGUGCAGUUCUCUGCACGGAGGGUUUAUUUAUCACGGGCAAGCCGCGGUGAAUAUGGAGACGAUCGUCUAUGCUGAAAGACCCCUCACAGACAACCACAGAUCGCUGGCUUCCUACGGCUUGAAAGAUGGGGAUGUCGUGAUUUUACGACAGAAGGAGAAUGCAGACCCUCGACCUCCAGUGCAGUUCCCAAACUUGCCCCGCAUAGACUUCCGUAGUAUAGCCGUGCCUGGCACGUCAGGCUCCCGGCAGCGCCGGCCACCAGGAGCACAGCAGUCCCACUCAUCUCCCGGAGACAUAGCUUCAUCUCCUCAGGGCUUGGACAAUCCAGCCUUGCUCCGAGACAUGUUGCUGGCCAACCCCCAUGAGCUGUCCUUGCUGAAGGAGCGCAAUCCACCCCUGGCGGACGCUCUGCUCAGUGGAGACCUUGAGAAAUUUUCUAGGGUCCUGGAGGGACAGCAGCAGGACCGAGCCCGGAGAGAGCAAGAAAGGAUUCGUCUCUUUUCUGCCGACCCUUUUGAUCUUGAAGCUCAGGCAAAAAUAGAGGAAGAUAUAAGGCAACAGAACAUCGAGGAAAACAUGACAAUAGCUAUGGAAGAGGCUCCUGAAAGUUUUGGCCAAGUGGUGAUGCUUUAUAUUAAUUGCAAAGUGAAUGGACAUCCUGUGAAAGCCUUUGUUGACUCAGCUCAGGUUCAAAUUGAAGGAGAUUUCCUGGCGUGCUCUUUCUCUAUCCUUGAGGAACAGCCUAUGGACAUGCUUCUGGGACUGGACAUGCUGAAACGGCAUCAGUGUUCCAUCGACCUCAAGAAAAAUGUGCUCGUGAUCGGCACGACAGGCUCACAGACCACCUUCCUGCCCGAGGGAGAGUUACCAGAGUGUGCCCGAUUGGCGUAUGGGGCGGGGCGAGAGGAUGUGCGGCCAGAAGAGAUUGCAGACCAAGAAUUAGCAGAAGCUCUUCAGAAAUCCGUAGAGGAUGCAGAGCGUCAGAAGCCAUGAUGCAUGUAGUGUGUGUGUGC